CUUGGUAAGGACAAGGCCGUGCGAGGACGACGAGGACGAUAGCCAGUUGUACCUCGGCCGGUCGCGCAACUCGCUCGCGAGUUUCCACUUAGCGUGCUCUCGCAAGGCUAUCAAAACGUCGACCCCAUCGGUAAUCAAGUUAUCGGGGGGUGGAACAGCUGGCAGUGGGGAGCAAGUGUCCCCAGGGCCUGGCCCACCUCCCCCGGUGUCCCCGUUGGCCGGCGGUGAUAAUCGGAGCAACGAGAACGCGGCGGCGGCGAGCAACGAUGAUGAAGCGGUGCAAGCUGCCGUUCCGGCAGCGAUUGGAACAGCCAAGUCUACGUCCUCCGCGGAAAUGGAGGAGGAAUACGGGCAGGCCGCAGAAACCACCAUGAGCUUCGUUCUGAAGCUGGAUGUCGACGUGGAGGCCACGACGGCAUCGGUGGUGGAGAACGUGACGAAGGGCGGCGAGGGGCAACCGCCGACGUUGUUGUUUGCCCGGGAGAUCUGGCGGUCCCAGGAACCCGUGGCGAUCGCCACCGAUACCAAUGCCACCUCGACGGGGAACGCUGUGGUAAUCGCGAGCAGCGACGACGUCGCCGCGGCCGCUUGCGGCGGCAAAUCGCAACUGUUGCAGUGUCUGGAGGCGGCGACCAAUCAGCAAUCCGCGGCGACUGCCGCUACUGCGUCUGCUCUUACGACGGUAAAGCCUGUGGUAACCUAUCCGGUCGCCAAGGGCGCUCGGGAACAGGUGCAAAAGAUGAUCGCCGGCUCGCAGACCAACACUACGCAAGUGUUGACGACGCGCGUCAUCUCGCAGAAGCUACCGGCGUCCUCUGGUCAGGCGCAACCUGUUCCGCUGGCCAUUCUCAACACCUCUUCUGUACCGACUCAAGCUGCUCCGUUAGGAGCGAGCAAUAUGCAGGCUGCAUUGCAUUCCAAAUUUCAUCCUGUUUCCGUUCAACAGCACAUUGUAGGUACCGCCGCGGCUGUGAAGACCAUCGCUACGAUGGCGGCGACGAAUCUCCAGAGGAUACAGGUGAAAACGGCACCUCCGAGCGUUAUAGCGACCAACCAGCCCGCGCAGAAGGGAAAACCCGCAACGAACAUGACCAAUACUAUCCAGUCAGCUGCCGGAACCGCGCAACGUAACAACACUUUGUCGAGGACGCAAAACCUACAAAAGUCGCAGAUGUUAACCGGUCAGAUUAAUCAGCUGACAGUCAACAACCAAGCAACUGCGAAUUCGCAAAAGAUUCAGCAGGUCAAUCCGGUGAUACAAAAGGCGCAGCCUAUCAACGCGCAAAAGUCUGUUUGCAAUAGUCAGAAGGUUUCAUCGCAGCUACUGACCAGCGGUCAUCAUCCGAAUCAUAAGACACAGCAACAGCAAAAUUUGCAGAAAUUACAGGGGCCUCAGAAAACCUUGGCGAUAGCUAGACAGCAGCAGCAAUUAACCGCACAACAGGUAAACAACGUUCCAAAGUCCAGUGGUAUACAAAAAAUUCAAACAUCCGGACAGCAGCAGUCUAUAGUCAGCCAACAGCAAGUGCAGGCGCCUCAUCAGAGAUCUCAGUCGGCGAUGACCGGGUUGCAAAAAUCACAGACGGUGCUAAACACCAAUCGGGCAUCAACUGCGAUGAGUAAUGUCUGCAAGAGCAACAGCGUACCGAACAUCUCCAAAAUGCAAAAUUCGAACGUACUUGGUAAUAAGCAGUCGCAAGUGCAGCAGACUAUAUCGACGCAGCAGCAAAUUGUAACUUCGCAACAACAAUCGGCAAUGCAAAAGUCAUCGCAACAGCCGACGAAUGCAAAUAAUUUACAGUCUCAAAGAAGUCUCAGUAUUACUAAUAUGCAUCAAAAAGUAAUAGCGACCGUUCCGAAUAAUCAAAGAACUCAUGCUGUGAUAAAUUCAAAGGUUCAACAGCAGCAACAGCCGCUGCAACAGAUGGUGAUGAGGGUAGGGAUAUCAAAGGGUCAGACGUCACAAACUUCGCAGUCUACAACAAGCCUGAAGGGCGUCUCUCAAAAAUUAGUGAAUCCUGUUAAGGUGACUGCAAACUCACAAAAUAAUGCCGUUCAACAGCCCGUAGUACAGAGAAGUAAUAAUAAUCCUUCUCAAGCCAUGAAGAUUCUGACACAGCAGCAGCAGCAGCAACAACAACAACAACAACAACAGAACGUAAUCAAUCCACAGAACGCUCCGCAGAAACAACCCGGCUGUAUCAAGACUAUUCCGCCGCAGAAACCCGUACAGAGGAAUCACGCCCAGAAAGUUGGUGGUAGCGGUAUUAAGACCUCGUUGAACACAAACGUUACAGCGUUGACGAAGACUCAGGGUCCGACCGCGAUACAGAUUGCGCAGAAAGGAUGUAUUAAGACCUUAUUGCAACAAACAGCUGCAGUCCCACCGGCUAAUGUAAUGGCUGCGCAUAAAAACUCACCGAUCAGGAUUCAACCACAAGUGAUACAGCAAAAGCAACUAAUUAUGACACCGCAAUAUACUCAGCAGAUCAGGCAACAGACAACUGGACAGAUAAAGACCUUGUUGCCAGUAUCCUCAACCAUGACCGAACUUCGUAAGGACCUCAGUGAAACCAAAAACGAAACCGAAUUACGAAUUUCCAAAGAAGAAGAACAAAGCGGCCGUAAAUCGCCAGUGAGGAGAAUGCCACUUCCUUAUGAGUGUCUUCAGUUUGUUCUCCAAGACCACAAUUACGGAGCGCCACCACCGCGAACUCCUCCACCACCUCCGUCAUCGCCUCCUCAUCCGAAGCAGCAACCCAUUAACGGAGCCGGCAGUUCCACAGCCACUUCUCAACAUCCUUACAUCUUUGGCCCCGUUGUGAGUAAUACCAAUACGGAGGAUGACGCUGCCAGUACGAUCAGUAGCGAACCUGGACGAGAAGCGGAACCGGAAGGCGAAGAAACCGAAACUGCACCCGAAGGCGAAGGCGAUGACGAAGAUAGUGUCACUAGAUGCAUCUGCGACUUUGAACAUGACGAUGGAUACAUGAUUUGUUGCGAUCGAUGUUUAGUGUGGCAGCAUGUCGAUUGCAUGGGUAUAGAUCGCUCGAACAUUCCUGACGAAUAUCUCUGCGAGAGGUGUCGGCCGCGACGAGUGGAUAGACAACGAGCCCGGGCUUUGCAGAUGCGCAAACGUGAGGAGCUGCUCAAUUCGGACACGUCAUCUGACACGUCGUCCACCAGCUCGGCGGACACGGACGUCGGCUCGGUGAACGCCACGGCCCAGAAGAAGCGCUCGUUACCGCAGCAACAGCCGCCGUCGUCGCAAAUUCCGCGACGCGGCAAGUCCGAUGCGGCCGUUCAACCAGCUCAGGUGCGGAGGCUGAAUAAUAACAACAACAAUAAUAACAACGUUGCGAAACGACAGCGAAGGGACUCGAACGCGCGACAAUCGAGCGCGGUUCGCAAGAAGGAAAACGCCACACCGAAGCGAGGACCCGGGAAACGCAAAGGCAAGAGGAGAAUGAGUCUCGAGGAUAAGGAAGAAGACAUGCAGGAUGCCUGGGGCAGUAAUAUGGCGCCUUUAAGACAGUGGAUCGAGAGAUACGAGGAAGCCGUCACGAAUCAUUACAGUCCCGAAUUACGUGCCAGGAUAUCGAGCAUCAAGGUCAACGGCACGCACAGCGAUCUCAGGCAGACUAACAUGAAUGUCAUCGCCACCGGUAAAUGCAGGCUCAACGUGCACAGUAAUAAUCUCAGAUUUCUAGUGGCGACGAUGUACCUCCCGCCAAACACCCCUGUCGUGGAGCUACGCGGCAAGUAUAUGCUCAGUACGCAGCAUAGGUCGCAGCAUCCGCAGGGUGGUAGGCAGCACGCCCAGCGACCAGGACCGUUCGUCUUCUUCUAUCGUUUACCGCGCGACGGUACCGAGGUAUGCGUGGACACGCGGACGUACGGGAACGAUGCGAGGUUCGUGCGGCGCAGCUGCAAGCCGAAUGCCGAGGUGAAGCAUUGCAUCGAGAAGGGCACGCUGCAUCUCUACAUCGUGACGACCUGCGCGAUCGAGAAGAACGCUGAAAUAACAAUCAAGCACGAGCAACACGACCUAUUACUGUCGCCCAAUCCCGGCUCAUCCCCGGCGCUUCCCCUCGUAUGCGCGUGUAACAAUCCACGGGAGUGUCAGAUCGCCAGCAACGCGGCGAAUCAGCAGCUGAACAGAAGAGGCAGCAACGGCGCUCUCGUCGAAAAUGCCGAUGGCAGAGAACGGAGGCGGCGAGGUCGCAGGAACACCGUCUGCGAGGAAGCUGAAUCAGUGUCACUAUCGACAGUUCCUACGAGCGUCGCGCAACAAGUCACUUCGACGGUGACGUCAUCCGCACCGUCGACGGUGACUGUCACGACGCCGAGGAAAACUGUCACCACGACCGUCACCGUUUCAACGGCCCGUCAAAUCUCCAAGGAGGAAUCCACCGUGACUGUGACGAAUGUGCAGCCUCAAACGUCACCUAGUUUAAGCCAAUCUGUGACGACGCCGGAAACGAAAAAAGAUAAGAAGAAAAUGACGCGGGAGGAGAGGAAGAUGGAGGCGAUCAUGAAAGCCAUCGAAAGAAUGGAAAAAGCGGAACAGAGGAAGCAGGAGGUGCAAGCGAGAAACGCGCAACGAAAGGAAUCCAGCGGCACGCACAGCGACAACGAGGAUCAUUCGAUGACGGGACAGUCAUCCAAGAGUAAACAGACAAAUUCGGAGAGACCGCUACGGCGGAAGAGGAGAAAAGGUCGGGCGAGGACGACGAGCACAUCUCAAUCGCAGAAUAGUCGAAGAACGAGAUUGAACUCAGCCGAGUCCGACAUGUCCUCCGGUGACGAAAGCAAUUCCAUGCAGUCGCCGCCUUUGCUGAGUUGUCCUCCCAGCCGAGACAUUCCUUAUUCGUCGCACUUACACACACCGGCCAAGAACGCAGUCGCGAUGGGAGAUGGUGCAAGCAAUAUCGGACCGUCAUCCGCUCAUCACGGUGGAAUUCCCCAAGCAGCUGGUUUACUACUUGCCCUGGCGAAUUCCAACGCCCCGGGUCCUCCGAGUUCGCCACCGCUGCAACAACCCACCCCUGUCAAGAGUCCCACCUGCGACAGCGGGGCCAGCAGCAGCUCGCAAAGUUCCACGCCAUCCACACCGCUGUCAUCCGCCUGUCUACUGGUAGCUGCGGCGGUAGGUCCGUUGGCGCCGGGUUUCAAGUUCCCGAAGACGAAGAAGGUGCUGAUGAACGAAUGGCUGAAGGAGUCGCCCGACCCACCGCAGGCGAACGUACCCCAGGUAUCCCCGCUGCCGGCUCUACCAUCAGCGCCGACCUUACCGAAUUCCACGAAUCCGUUGUGCGGCAGACACUUCCCACCUUUGCCGACGACGGAUCCAACGGCGGAAUACCUCUCGCAAAGUUAUGGAGCUAAGAGUCUAGCCACUCUUGUACAAGCCGCCCAUUCGGUUAGCAGACUAUGCGAAUCUCUGCCGCAACGUAGACAGCAGCAGCAGGGCGCUGCCGCCUCUGGCAACAGUAAUAGUAAUAAUAUUAAUAAUAACAACGGCAACGGUGGUUGCCCCACUGUUUCUACGGGCUCGGCGAAGAAACGGUGGCUACGUCAAGCCAUCUCCGAGGAAUGCGACUCGCCCAACAGCCGGCCCGAGAGCCCGCCAUCGCUCAGCGAAACCGUGGCACCACCCAAGAAGCGAAGGAUAGCCCGGGAGAGUCUGUCGUCGGAAAAUUAUACUCCGCCGACGACGCCGACUAUGUUGUUACCUACCGAGGCAGCGUCCAACAGCAGAUCGCUGUGUCCUACCGAGGAUGACUACGUGGAACGCGCGCAGUCGCCUUUCGCGGAGCAGAACGACGAGGGACAUUACGAGUCGGAAUCGUCUGUGAAAGAAGAGAUUGGUGCUGACGGCAGACCGGUUGAUCCCGACGAGUCGGUCGUUGGGAAGAAACUCUCGAUCGAGACUUUUCCUCAAUCGGAUUUCUACAUAAAGCGUGAAGAAAAACCGGAAUGCGCGGAUAUUGUUAAAACGGAAAUGAAUACGGAGAGUGUUGCGAUAAAGGAAGAAAAAGUUUUUCCAGAAUGGACGAAGAGGGAUAUUAAAACCGAAUGUAAUUACAGUCAGUUGGAUCCGAAAAUACUUGUCAAGAUUCAGAAAGUCGUCGAGACCGAAGUAUCGUUCAGCGAUUUGAACUUGAAAAAGGAGCUUUUGAAGAAGGAAAGUCAGGGCUCAGUCGAGAUCGUUCAUCACAAUGUAUCGCACACCGAGAUAGAAGAAUAUCCAUCUCCCAUGGAAUCCGAUGAAAUUCUGGAGCAACGAGUGGCCGAGCUGCAGCUGGAGUUUGGCGGCGUCGAUGAAAUCGCAUUGAACGUUGCAAAUGAAAAUAAGAAAUCCGAUGGCGAGAACAAAUCGUCCGAAGUCGUCGCGAAGUGUCAAGAGAUCGUCGUCGAUAAGUCGGACGAUAACGCGUCCAUCGACGAGUUCGACGUCGAGGCGCAGAUGAAGAAGAUCACGGGCGACGACGGCAAUGAUUACCAGGAGAAGAUCGACACGAGUUCGGAGAAGGACAAGAGCAUGGACGGAAUAGAGGGACUGAUGGAAAGCUCGAAGGAGGAUUCAGAUUCGGAGGACAAGGACAUAGACGACGACAAAGACUGCGAAUCGUCCUUUAAAUUGUUCGACAUCAAACACGAAGAGAAGCCUUUCAACGAGUUGGACGUCGUCAAGUCCGAUAUUAAAUUGGAGCAAGUUCCCGUUCCGGAAGAUGGCGCGAAAGAAACGGAUAAGAAAGAGGAGACGAACGACGAGGCUUCGAAGGAGGUUUCCUCCAAGACGGAACAAUCGCCCGCCUUUGCCGCGUUGUCCGAGGAGUCGAUUUUCGAGUCGACUUCCUCGAACGCGGAGUCCGUCUCGAAUCCUCCCAAGAUCUUUCAUUCAAUACCACCGUUGAGCGAGCGCAUUCGCAAGAAGGCUGAUCCAACAGUCGUGCCGAAGACGCCCAAGAUGGACUUUGAGGCGGCCAUCAUAGAAUCCACGAUAAGCAUGGACACGGCGGAGGAGUCGACGAACGGCGAGGAGAAGUCGAUGCUGUCAACCGCGUUGCGCGAGCUCCUGGAAGCGAAGCUGGACGAGUCCGAAGUAAUAAAAAAUGACAUUGAUAACGAGAUAAGCGCGUCGUCGCAAGUAGCUCAACCAAAAUCAGACAUCUCCCCCGAACGUAGUCUAGACACAGUACAAGACUCGAUCACAACUACUCAAGAAGCCCCCCCGAAACCGGAAGAGGUACCCGCCAAGGAGGAGGAGACCAAACCCAAGGAAAUCAAACGAUUGAAAGAUCCAAGGACUGUCGUACCGAAUAACAUGCCCGCGCCGCCAGCCUUUAAACCUGACGCUCUUCCUCCCGUCAAGCGCAAGGUUAGAACGUUGUCCAUAUCGGAAUAUCGCAAACGCAAACAACAAUCGUCCGGAGGAGCCGGAAACGAGCCGGAAUCGUCCAACGAUACUUCCACUGUGGACAAAAGCGGAGCGCGAGGUAGAUCGGACAGCACCAGUAGCGGCACCUCUUCGCUCAGCUCCGACGAGGAGGGUUCCAAAGCAUCUGCUGCCCUUGACCUACCGGGUAUUACCACGUUAACCACGCUCUUCCCGAACGCGACCAAUGAGAACGAUGAAAAGAAAGGUGGAGAGGAGGGUACAAUCGGUUGGUCCGCGGCACCGACUUUGGUGGAACGUCAACGAGAAAAUCUUACCGAGCGAUUAAAACGCGAAUUUGGAUUGUUUCUCAGUGACGAUGAAGAGGAGAGAGCUCGUAAGCAUGGUUUGACAGCUGAGGCGAUACUGAAGGCGCGCAAAUCUCCACCUCAGAAUCUGGUCCCCGGCAUGCCAGGAUAUCCCGGACUGCAGCAAUUGCCGCCUCAGCCGUACAUCCCGCCGCCCGGCUCCGCGUCCAAUCACUAUUCCCAGUUCCAGGGCAAGGCCGGGUCGGUGCAGUAUUCGAACUUUGCGGUACCGCAGACCACCACCGCGUCUCAACAGCCGAUCUACGGCACCGUCGUAGCUUCGCAAGCGGGCGGAGCUGUCACCGGCAAGCAGGCGCAGCAGCCAUUCUUGGUCCCGCAGGCGUCGUCCCAGGCGCCACCGGGUUCCAAUCCGUAUCCACCGCCGCAAUUCGUGCCACAGCCUUCGGCGACAACGGCGACGGUAGCGGUGGCGGCGUCAGCGACGACGACGGCCGCGGCGGCGGCGACGACCACGGGAACGACGGUGCCCAAGUUCUCGUCGACGACGCCACCGCCACCGGGCAACCAGGUGUACCCUCCUGCCGCGCCGGCGGGACAGUCGCAAAAGUCCUUUUUCACUCAUCCAGCACCGCCGAGGUCGUAACCGGCAGAAAGAAGGG